AAAGCGGCUUGUACAAUGCGGUGGGGCUGAGAGCGAGUGCUAACUGAGUGAGAUCCCUCCGUUCAGUCCUCCAAUGUGUGGAUGCAGUGUUUUUAUAUAUAUAUAUAUUUAAAAAGCAGCUUCAAUUUUGCAUUAAGAAAAGAUCUAUAUAAAAACAAAGGAACGAGCGCCAUCAAAAAGCAGCGCAACCCGGAUCAUACAAAGCUGCCAUUUAUUACCCACCCCUAGAUGUCCUAAGAAGAUUGUGAUGGCUUUGAUCCCAGUAGCGGUUUGAUACAACUGAGGGGCUCACAAGGCCUUCUUCAUACGAUGGUAAUGUGGCACUGGAGUCAUAUGAAGGCCCAGACCGGCUGGUGAUGUCGCUACUGGAAGUUGAACUGAUGUGAGAAGAGAGAGGGGGCAAAGGACGUUACCUGUCAGCUCCUGCUCAUUGCUGUGGCAGUGGUUCGUGAAUACCUUAGGAUAUUGGAUUUAUUGUCGACUGCCUGUUCAGGAUGCUGAGGGCCACUAAUGGAGACUGCCAGCUUAACAGGCAUCUGCAGUGGUCCUCUGAGACCUGUCAUCGUCAUGGCAAUGACACCUCCAGUGGCUACAGUGAGCUGAAGGUGUAUGCUGAUUGAUUCCGGUUUUCUCAGCAGCCUCGGGACGAGAGAGAGACAUUGCGUGGGAGGAAGGAGAGAGAAAAUGAAAUUUCCAUUCUAUUGGUGUUAAGUUGUAAACAGCUUAUGGGAAAUAUCUAAAGGAAAAUACACAGUGACCCUUUGGAUAGUGAGUGAGAUUAGAUUUCCCCGUCAUGGCUUCUGAUCAAACGUGAUUGUGAUUGUGAGAGGGAUUUAUCCCCCUCUCUUCCACUUUUUUAAUUUAAAAGCUACUAUUUUGCCCCUAACUCUUGCUAGUUUAUAUCAUGCUCCGUAACGGAGUUGUUGGGAAUGUAGGGCAGCCAUGCAUGUUACGUUGGUCCAAUCGCAUCCGGUUGACCUGGCUCAGCUUCACCCUGUUCAUUAUACUGGUUUUCUUCCCGCUGAUUGCCCAUUACUACCUGACCACCAUUGACAACCUUGAUGAUUCGGGCCCACGCAUUUUUGAGCCGCGCUCGGGCAACGCCCUUUGCGAGGUCAAGCACGUGCAAGAUCUGUGCCGCAUCCGGGAGUCAGUCAGCGAGGAGCUGCUGCAGCUCGAGGCCAAGAGGCAAGAGCUAAACAGUGAAAUUGCCAAACUCAACCUGAAGAUCGAGUCCUGCAAGAAAAGCAUCGAGAAUGCCAAACAGGAUCUACUGCAGCUCAAAAAUGUCAUCAGCCAAACUGAGCAUUCUUACAAAGAGCUGGUGGCUCAGAACCAGCCUAAGCUCUCGCUGCCAAUCCGUCUGUUGCCAGAGAAAGAUGAGACCAGCUUCCCAUUGCCAAAAUCUCCCAACAGCUGCCGCUUGCAUUCUUGCUUUGAUUACUCCCGGUGUCCGCUUACAUCUGGUUUUCCCGUUUACAUCUACCCACUGGAUCAGUACCAAUUCAGCGCUUUAAUCGAUCCAUUAAUCAGACAGGCAUUCCAGGCGACCGCUCGGACUAACAUCUAUAUUACAGACAAUCCUCACAUUGCCUGUGUCUACGUGGUCUUGGUUGGGGAGCUGCACGAUCCAACCGCAAUGAAAUCCAUUGACCUUGAAAAACAGUUGCAUUCCCUCCCUUAUUGGCGGUCGGAUGGGCACAAUCAUCUUCUCAUCAACCUGUCCAGGAGGUCCCAAACACAGAAUCUGCUCUACAAUGUCAGCACAGGCAGGGCCAUGGUUGUCCAGUCUACAUUCUACGAUGUGCAGUAUCGUACCGGGUUUGAUCUCAUCCCCUCGCCACUCAUCCAUGCCAUGUCUGAACCCAACUUCCUGGAGAUCCCUCCCCAGGUUCCUGUCAAAAGGAAGUAUCUCUUCAGCUUUCAGGGAGAGAAGAUUGAGUCGCUCAUGUCCAGCUUGCAGGAGGCCCGUUCCUUCGAGGAGGAGAUUGAGGGCAAUGCUCCAGCUGAUUAUGAUGACAGGAUUAUUGCCACCUUGAAGGCUGUCCAGGACAGCAAGUUGGACUUGGUUCUUGUGGAGUUCACCUGCAAAAACCAGCCGCGGCCUGCCUUGCCUACUGAGUGGGCACUUUGUGGAGAGAGGGACGACAGGCUAGAGUUGCUGAAAUUGUCCACUUUUGUAUUAAUCAUAACACCGGGGAACAGUCAUCUCAUUGCUUCCGCUGGCUGUUCCAUGAGGCUUUUCGAAGCCUUGGAAGUUGGAGCCAUCCCGGUAAUCCUUGGGGAACAUGUGCAGUUGCCGUAUCAUGAUACAAUACACUGGAGUGAGGCAGCUCUAGUGGUGCCAAAACCUCGCAUAACCGAAGUCCACUUCCUUCUGAGAAGCAUCUCAGACAGCGACCUUCUCAACAUGAGACGUCAGGGCCGUUUCCUAUGGGAGAUUUACUUUUCCACCUCGGAUAAUGUGCUGAACACUAUCCUGUCCACCAUGCGAACUCGAAUACAAAUCCCUGCUGCUCCCAUCGCAGAAGAGCCCUCCAAGGAGAUCCCUCACAAGACGGGAAAAGCUGCCGGCACCGAUCCCAACAUAGCGGACACUGGAGACUUGGAUUUGGGGCCCGUUGAGACUGAACCACCAUAUGCCUCCCCUAAAUACCUGCGGAACUUCACAGUCACUGUCCGAGACACUUACAGAGCCUGGAAUGCAGCCCCAGGACCUUUUCACCUCUUUCCACACACCCCACUCGACCCCACGUUACCGUCGGAAGCCAAGUUCCUUGGGUCCGGGACAGGGUUCCGGCCAAUAGGUGCAGGAGCCGGGGGCUCUGGAAAGGAGUUCCAAGCAGCGCUGGGCGGGAAUGUUCCCAGGGAACAGUUUACAGUCGUAAUGUUAACCUAUGAGCGCGAGGAAGUCCUGAUGAACUCCUUGGAGAGGCUGAAUGGCCUUCCUUACUUGAAUAAAGUUGUUGUCGUGUGGAAUUCUCCCAAGCCACCUUCUGAGGACCUUGUGUGGCCUGAUAUUGGAGUGCCCAUUGUGGUUGUUCAUACAGUGAAGAAUAGUUUAAAUAAUCGUUUCUUACCCUGGGAUACUAUUGAAACAGAGGCAAUUCUUUCUAUUGAUGAUGAUGCCCACCUUCGCCAUGAUGAGAUCAUGUUUGGCUUUCGGGUUUGGCGAGAGGCAAGAGAUCGAAUUGUGGGUUUUCCUGGCAGGUACCAUGCCUGGGAUAUGGCCCACCAAUCCUGGCUUUACAACUCCAACUAUUCCUGUGAACUCUCCAUGGUGCUGACUGGCGCUGCCUUCUUUCACAAGUACUAUGCAUAUCUCUACUCCUAUAUAAUGCCACAAGCCAUUCGUGACAUGGUGGACGAGUACAUUAAUUGUGAAGAUAUUGCCAUGAACUUCCUUGUCUCCCACAUCACCAGGAAACCACCGAUAAAGGUCACGUCUCGCUGGACCUUCCGUUGCCCAGGAUGUCCCCAGGCACUGUCACACGAUGACUCCCAUUUCCAUGAGAGGCAUAAGUGCAUCAACUUCUUUGUGAAGGUCUACGGGUACAUGCCACUGCUCUAUACCCAGUUCCGCGUGGAUUCUGUUCUCUUCAAAACACGGCUGCCACACGACAAGACCAAGUGUUUCAAAUUUAUUUGAGGACUCCACCACCCCACCACUCAUGAGGGAAGGGACACCAACAGUCAUUCCACCCCAUUAAGGCUCCAUUUCAUCAACAACACCCAAUAGAGAAGAAGUGGGAGAGUUACUUCAAAAACAAUAAAUCAUAAAAUUCUUGCCCCACAUUCCACCGUUCACUAGUAAUCGUAAGGCUGGUUUGUAUUUAAAUAACCUACUUCAUGAAAAGCUGAAGUGAGAAGGAUAAUGAGCAAAGAUUUGCCACGUGGAAAUGUGACACAUGAUGCUAUUCCAAAUCGCAGAAGGACAUUGUAUCUAGUUUGCUAACAUUUUGGGGGGAAACCAAUUUGUGUUCUAUGAGUAAAAUUGGAUCACGGACAAGAGUUGGACGAGAUUGCUAGUCAGCUAAGCAAAGCUUCAAAUUUGCCAAACCCAACACAAAACUGGUCAGAUCUCAGUGCGACCUCGCAACCUUUCUCCUUUGGAUUUUUUGUUCUGCUUAGUAUAUGGGACAGCCUUCACCAGGAACAGACUGAGGCACCAUGAGACAGAAGGAAAUGUGUAAAUUGUUCUGUCGUGUCCAUCACUUCUCCCCCCACACACCAUCCACAUCCUUGGACAUCAACCAGUCACAUAUACUCACUGGUGGUAUGAUAGUUGUGUCAGUUCACUGCCACACAGACAUUAUACUUUUGCUCCAGAAAGUAUUAAACUUUGGGCUUUAUUUACAAAGUUGUUUUCUUUAUAGUUCUGUUUUUUUGCUGUUUUGUUUAUGUCUCAGGGUUCUUUUUUGGAAUAACUUGCUUUGUAUUGUGAAAUUAGCCUUUCACAAGUGACCAGCUAAUGCUUUGAGUAGCAAUGAAUGGGGGGAAACAUUUGAGUGUUUUAGCAUACAUGAUAAGGCACAGGCUGGCUGGGGUGUGCCAUAGACCAUUUUAUAGGAUGGCGGAACUUGCUGCCAAAUUCCCAUCACGUCUAGGAGGUUAGGAACGGGCUGUUGCUACCUCUUUGGUCACCGACCUCCAGAGUGCUACAGUUGCCCUUAACCCCUGAAAGAAUUGGUCAGCACCUUGCAAAGUGGAAUUGAGAUGGGGUGAAGAAAAGAUCAAAUGGGAGAUUGACAGAGAUUGGCUCCCUCUGGGGAACAUGACUUGCAUUCCAUGAAAUGCACUGCACAUCUGAGCAGUGGGGAUUCCUGCUCUGGCUACUUCUUGGUCCUUGCCCUUUAGAGGAUGAGAAGUAUAGACGGUUUUGUAACUGUGCUGCUUCAAGCACAGUCAAAGCAUUUUUUCUAAGUUUAGCUGCUGCAAAAACCUGGAGCUCAGCUCAUGAUAUUGGAACCCUCUGGUGAGUUUAUAAUAUCACAAACACUCUGGGAUACCCAACAUCCUGUGUAUAUAUCUUUAUAAUAAAAGUCCUUGUAUCUAU